CGAGUCCAUUUCGAGGAGCGGUACGAGCUCGGCGACAUGCUGGGCGAGGGAGGUCAAGGGGUGGUCCAUGCGGUUACGUGCCUCCAGUCGGGCGAGCGGAUGGCGGCCAAGCUGAUCAGCAAGGUGGGGCUCUCGCGGAACGCAAAGGCUCGGCUGAGGAAGGAGGUAGAUUUGCAGCGGCAGGUUGACUACCACCCCAACAUCUGCUCCGUCUUCAACUUUUACGACGAGCCUCGCCGGAUGGUGGUGGUGAUGGAGUUGCUGCCCUACGGGACGCUGUACGAUCACGUCGUCGCGCACUUCAGCUCUGGCGGCCGGCUCGACGACGACGAGUACAACGAGGCGCACGUCAGCCGGCUGCUACAGCAGGCGCUCUCGGCGCUCACGACCAUGCACGACCGCGGUAUCGUCCACCGCGACCUCAAGCCCGAGAACGUGCUGCUCGUCGAUGCCGGCGCCAACGGCGAGGUUGGGGCUAUCCGCAUCGCGGACUUUGGCUUGGCGGCUCAGCCUGAGCCAGGCGAUGAGCUGUGUGAGUGCGUGGGGACACCGGGCUACACGGCGCCCGAGGUGCUCGCCGGCCUUCCCUACGACACCUCCGUGGACGUCUUCUCGCUUGGAGCGAUGCUGUACGCGCUCCUCUCGGGCUGCGAGGCAUUUGCUGCGCCGGGCCUCGACGAUGAGGAGGUCCUCCAGCGCAACCGCAUCGGCCGCUACAAAUUCGACGCCAGCUGGGCGGGGGUCUCCUCCGAGGCCAAAGCGGUCGUCAAGGCGAUGCUCAUGAGAGAGCCGAGCAAGCGUGCGACAGCGCGCGCCUUGCUCGCCGAGGGGUGGGUGCAGGGACCCGCGAGGUCGAACACAGAGCCGCUGCGCAUGGCGGUCCGGGUGGCGGUGGAGAGGCAAGGCUCGCUCGUCAACGCCCUGGAGGGUCUCGAGUGCGUCUCGCCGAAUCCACGGAGUGCCCGGCGUUCCAAGAGAACCAGCACCACCUCUUGGCUCCCUGGUGCGUCGUGGCCGUCGGGCCGCGGCAGGCAAUGA